AUGGCGGAAUUUGUGCCCCUUGGGGAUGCAGCCAUGGACUUCACAUUGGAGGACUGGGAGCACCUGGGGCUGGACCAGGGGGACCUGUUCUGGGACACAGCGCUGGACAACUACCAGAACCUAUUCCUGCUGAACCCCUCCAAACCCAAACUGACCUCCCAUCCAGAUGGCACCGAGGAGCUAAAGGUCCUGGUGAGAGAAAGCCCAGAAUCGGCGGGCCCUGACACAGCUGAGGUCAAGAACUGUCUUCUAGCCCAAGACUUCUUGGAAGAAGAACUCUCCCAGGAGAUCGUGGAGACGUUUUCCAAGGAUGGCCUCUGGAACUCCAGUUGGGGGAAAGCCUGUGUAGGCGAGAGUUGGUUAGAUAGUAUCUUAGGGGAUCCAGAAAGUUUUCAGAGGUCUGACUUUGUUACCAACAAGGAAAGUCCCAUAGAAUGCAGGAGUCACGAACUCAAGAGAGACCUUGAUUCUGAGUCUCUCCUUUCCACAGGAGAGGAUUCUGUGAUUCACAGUCUUCCUGAAAAGAGCCUGGCACCAGCUACAUCUCCGGAACAUGGGAGUGACUUUGGCUGUGACUUAGACCAGAGCCGGCAGGAGACUGUCCAGGAAGGGGAGAAACUGUAUAAAUGUAGUGAAUGUGGGAAGAGCUUCAGCCAGAGUUACCACCUUAUCCAGCACUGGAUUAUUCAUACUAGAGAGAAACCCACUGUACAUCAAGAGUACGAGGAAUGUUUCAGCCAGAGUUCUUGCCUCUUUGGGCCUCUGAUGACUCACACAGGCUACAAAUCCUGUGUGUGUACCAAGUACGGGAAAACUUUCAGUCAGAAUACACACCUGUGGCAUCAGAAAACUCACACUGGAGAAAAACCAUCUAAGAAUCAAGAUGGUGACCAGCCGUCAGGUCUCGGCUUACAGCCUGCUGAGCAUCAGAAAACCCACACGGAGGGUCAGUCCUACAUAUGUAGCGAGUGUGGCAAGAGUUUCAGCCGAACCUUUCAUCUUACUCGGCAUCAGAAGACCCAUACCCAGAAACGCUAUGAAUGCGCCAAAUGCAAAGCGACCUUCAACUUCCACAAAUACCUCCUCCAACACCAGAAAAUCCAUGCUGCGAACACGCCCUCUGAGUGUCAGGAAUGUGGGAAGACCUUUAGGCGGAGUUUGCUGCUUGUCGAACACCAGUCUGUUCACACCGGAGAAAAGCCUUACAAGUGUGAUCAGUGUGGGAAACCCUUCAGGAAUAUCUCAACCCUAAAGAUCCACCAGAGGGUUCACAGUGGAGAGAAGCCUUACAAAUGCAGUGAGUGUGGGAAAGCCUUCUACCGGAACACUCACCUUAAUGAACAUCAGAGGAUUCACACUGGCUACCGGCCCUAUAAAUGUCACAAAUGCAUCAAGAGUUUCAGCCGGCCCUCCCACCUGAUUCGACACCAGUCCAUCCAUGCCACAGAAAAGCCCUACAGCUGUGCCAAAUGCAAGGAAACUUUCAGCCACAAUGAACAUCUUGUCCAACACCAGAAAAUGCACAAUGUGGAGACCCCCUAUGAGUGUCAGGAGUGUGGUGAGCGCUUCAUCUGCAGCUCCACCCUAACUUGCCACCAGACUGUUCACACCAGAGAAAAACAAGGACUUGGUGAGAGCAGGAGGAUCCUGAAUCAGGACUCAGAGCAGAGAGAGCAACCAAGAAUCAGUGAGAAGCACUUUAAGUGUAAUAAAUGCGAGAAAACCUUUAGCCGCCGCAAAUACCUGACUCAGCACGAGAGGGUUCACACCAGGGUGAAGCCCUUUGAGUGUAACCAGUGUGGAAAAGCCUUUGGCCAAAGUACACAGCUCAUUCGCCACCAGAGCAUCCACUCUGGGGCGAGGCGGUAUGAAUGUGGGGACUGUGGGAAGGCCUUCAUCCACAGCACUUCCCUUACCAAACAUCAGUCUGUCCACAAAAGCGAGCACCCCUUUAAAUGUAAUGAAUGUGGAAAGACCUUCCGUGAAAGUGCACAUCUCUCAGAACAUUGGUUAAUUCACACUGCAGAGAAACUAUCUCAGUGUAACAAAUGUGACAAAGCCUUUGCCCACGGUAACUACCUUACUCAGCACCAGAGAGUUCACACCAGAGAAAAGCCUUAUGUUUGUCAGGAAUGUGGGAAAGCCUUCAGCCAGAGCUCGUGCCUUUCUGUUCACCAGCGAGUUCACACCGGAGAAAAGCCUUAUGUUUGUCAGGAAUGCGGGAAAGCCUUCAGCCAGAGCUCGUGCCUUUCUGUUCACCAGAGAAUUCACACCGGAGAAAAGCCUUAUGUUUGUCAGGAAUGCGGGAAAGCCUUCAGCCAGAGCUCGUGCCUUUCUGUUCACCAGAGAAUUCAUACCGGGGAGAAGCCUUAUGUGUGUGCUGAAUGUGGGAAAGCCUUUGCCCAGAAAGCAAAUCUGAUGCAGCAUGAGAGAGUUCACACUGGGGAGAAGCCUUAUGCCUGUAGGGUGUGUGGGAAAGCCUUUGGCCUCAGUGCCCAUCUCAGUCAGCACCAGAGAGUUCACCAACCCAGAGAGUUCCACACCCAAGAGAAACUAGCAAUGUCAACCUUGUCAGCCCUUUGCUGCAGGUCUCAGCAGACAUCAGCAAGUUCACACUUACAGGUAACAAGGAGUUAAGUAGAAAGUAACAAGUAGCAAUACUUCCUAGUACUGGGUGGCAGCAAAGUCCCAGACAUCUGAACAUGGUUCAUCUGAGUCCUAAAGUUGAAAUCACAUUGUAAGCUCCCUCUCCCCAAAUAAAUACAUCUCUUUAUCCAUAAA